CAGUGUUGCACAGGUGGGCAAGCUAGAACUUAGAAGAGGCGCUUUCAACAGCUAGCCAUUUCGAAGACGUCUUCCUUCCUUUGGUUCGCUCCAGUCGAAAGCAGCAUCUCAGGUUGUCCACGGCAAGGGCGUGCAAGAGAGCCUUUUGCAUUUGCUUUGGAACACAAGAGCAGCUGCAACUUCCAAAUCAUAUGCGUAGAACCUCCGCUCUCCCUUGCUCUGAGCAGCAUUUUAGAACUCUUUUGAUCAGACAUCUAUGAGCGUGUGAUUUACUUCUGUUGAUUUAGAAUUGUAGGUCGAUAAGCACAGCAACAUGUCUGACGGAAAGGAUCCAGCUGCUUCCAGUGAUCUUGUCGAGUUGCUUGUGCGGAACCCUUCAGCGAGCUUCUCCAAGGAUCUCAAGCUCAAGAUAUCCCCUACAGCUACAAUACAGGCUCUGAAAGAUCGGUUGAAAGAAGAAUAUGAUGGACACCCUCCGCCGGCCCAGCAGAAACUCAUCAUUUCUGGGCAGAUUGUCAAGGAUAACCAGCUCCUCAAGGAUGUCCUGAAGCAUGCCAACUUGGCAGAGCCACAAGUCGUCCACCUCGUCAUCGCUGGCCCCAAACCCGAUGGCUCUUCAUCCUCCACCCCCCCAGAACCAGCCACAGCAGCACCGACACAGACUCCUCCCGCGCCUCGUUUCGCCUUCAGGCCCCCUACUACUCACGGCCCCACCGCCCCUCUGAGCCAACCUCAGGCCCCUGUGGAAAACUUGGCCCCCGGACCGUCAACCCGAAGCACGCCACCCCUUCGGCCCCCUCCCCCCACCCCAGAGAAUCCCCCCAGCAGCUCAACUAGAGGCGGGACAUCGGAGGCAGCAGCCAGGACUGCUGCGGAUCAUUCCGCGAAUCCUUCCUUGACAUCAGGUGCCGCACAAUCCCCGGCAAAUGCGGAGGUCCCUCAGCAAGAAGAGGAAUCAUUCGCCGUUCGGAUGUCACGGAUUGGACUCCCUCCGCGAAACACCCCCACACCACAUGCUCAGCAGGGCGGCCAACAUCAGCAGGCCAGUACGAGCGCUCCUCAAAACCCAACCCCUCAGAACGCAACUGCCCCAAGCGCAUUCGCUCAGGGGGCGGGUCCCUCCGGAACGGCGCAAGGCAACGGGGUGGCGCCAGGGCCGAGCAAUGCGGCAGCGGGGCUGUCUCAGGAAGCGCUACAGCAGCUGUAUCUGCAGCUUCUUCAGAGCAACCCAUUCCUCACCCCCCUCGCCUGCAACCUGGCGGCCCUCAGCAUGGGUCUGCCCCCUCCUCAACCCAAUCCCGGCGCAUCCCCGCCUUUAGCCGCCCUUUUUCCGGGCUUCAACUUUGCUGCCGCACCGGCGGGGGGCCAAGACCAGGCAGCGCCAGAGCCGCAGCGUGCCGCACCUGUUCAGGGGGGGCCGUUCGUGGGGUUCUUCCAGGCCCCCGCUGCAGCGGGAGGGCAGGCUGGGGGCUUUGCUGAGAACAGAGCGUUCGCCUUCCCGGUUGGGAACCAAGGCGGCCCCCUCCAAGGCGCCCAGAUCCACUUCAUGCCCCCGGGGGCCCUGCCGCCGCAGGGGUUCCCCGUCGACCCAGCCGCGCAAGCAGGCCUCCGGCAGCGCGUCGGCCAGAACGGGGCCCCGCAGCCGAUGCAAUUCGGGGGGAUCCCCCAGGGGGUUCCGAUUGUGGUCCGUGUGCGGAGGAUCCAGAUUGACUUCAUGCUGAUUGCCAAGCUGGCGGUAAUUGUUUUUGUGCUGAACCAAGACGGGUCGAUCGAGCGCCUGGUGCUGCUGACGGGCCUGGCGGUGCUCGCUUACCUGUACCAGACCGGGGUCCUGACUCCAUAUGUGCGGAUGGCCACGGAGCGUUUCCAAAGGUUGAUCCAGCAGCAGGGAAGGCAGCAAGCAGCUGCAGGGGCAAAUCAGGGAGCUCCGGCCAACCCUGGGAAUGCGCCCCACAUGGCGGGCGGAGGUGCACUUGCGGGCGCGGUGCAGAGGCAAAGGGCCGGGGGUGGUUUUCUACGGGAAAUCCAGCUCUUCGUGAUGGGCUUCAUUACGUCACUCUUACCUGGAUUCCAAGCCCCUGAGGGGAUCCCCGAGCCCGGCCAAGUGCCCCCACCUGCGGGGGUCGCAGCGGAGGAUAGACCGCAUCGUGACUAGUGCUUAGUUGGUCAUCGUCCGCGGGGGAUUAUGUCGAGUCAGUCAGCAACUUGUACUAGGCACGUGUUCGGGUUUCACUGGGCACGUCAGUCAUCAGGAAAAGGAGAGGGCGGUAUAAAGGAGCCUAUACUCUCCGUUAUCCAAUUGGAGUUUGCGUCACAUCGAAAAUGAACCGAUCAAGCCUACCUAGCUGCAGGUUUCGCAUUACAAGUACCGUCCAAGGAAGUCGAUCUUGAAUCCUGCGAACGAACGGCGUAAUUGGUAGCUGUAAAACGUAAUUCACGGACACCUUAUAGCAGACUCCGAGAACCCCAUGGCGUUGAGCGCCCACAUUAAUGACAGUCGUUCGUUGCCACUUG